AUGAAACCUACUUUUGAUCAGUGGAAAGAUAUGAUACCGGACCUUAGUGAAUAUAAAUGGAUUGUGCCUGACAUUGUGUGGGAAAUUGAUGAGUAUAUCGAUUUUGAGAAAAUUAGAAAAGCCCUUCCUAAUUCAGAAGACCUUGUAAAGUUAGCACCAGACUUUGACAAGAUUGUUGAAAGCCUCAGCUUAUUGAAGGACUUUUUUACCUCAGGUCACAAAUUGGUUAGUGAAGUCAUAGGAGCUUCUGACCUACUUCUCUUGUUAGGUUCUCCGGGAGAAACGGCGUUUAGAGCAACAGAUCAUGGAUCUGAAAGUGACAAGCAUUUUAGAAAGGGUCUGCUUGGUGAGCUCAUUCUCUUACAACAACAAAUUCAAGAGCAUGAAGAGGAAGCGCGCAGAGCUGCUGGCCAAUAUAGCACGAGCUAUGCCCAACAGAAGCGCAAGGUGUCAGACAAAGAGAAAAUUGACCAACUUCAGGAAGAACUUCUGCACACUCAGUUAAAGUAUCAGAGAAUUUUGGAACGAUUAGAAAAGGAGAACAAAGAAUUGAGAAAAUUAGUAUUGCAGAAAGAUGACAAAGGCAUUCAUCAUAGAAAGCUUAAGAAAUCCUUGAUUGACAUGUAUUCUGAAGUUCUUGAUGUUCUCUCUGAUUAUGAUGCCAGUUAUAAUACACAAGAUCAUUUGCCACGGGUUGUUGUGGUUGGAGAUCAGAGUGCUGGAAAGACUAGUGUGUUGGAAAUGAUUGCCCAAGCUCGAAUAUUCCCGAGAGGAUCUGGGGAGAUGAUGACACGUUCGCCAGUUAAGGUGACUCUCAGUGAAGGUCCUCACCAUGUGGCCCUAUUUAAAGAUAGUUCUCGGGAGUUUGAUCUUACCAAAGAAGAAGAUCUUGCAGCAUUAAGACAUGAAAUAGAACUUCGAAUGAGGAAAAAUGUGAAAGAAGGCUGUACCGUUAGCCCUGAGACCAUAUCCUUAAAUGUAAAAGGCCCUGGACUACAGAGGAUGGUGCUUGUUGACUUACCAGGUGUGAUUAAUACUGUGACAUCAGGCAUGGCUCCUGACACAAAGGAAACUAUUUUCAGUAUCAGCAAAGCUUACAUGCAGAAUCCUAAUGCCAUCAUACUAUGUAUUCAAGAUGGAUCUGUGGAUGCUGAACGCAGUAUUGUUACAGACUUGGUCAGUCAAAUGGACCCUCAUGGAAGGAGAACCAUAUUCGUUUUGACUAAAGUAGACCUGGCAGAGAAAAAUGUAGCCAGUCCAAGCAGGAUUCAGCAGAUAAUUGAAGGAAAGCUCUUCCCAAUGAAAGCUUUAGGUUAUUUUGCUGUUGUAACAGGAAAAGGGAACAGCUCUGAAAGCAUUGAAGCUAUAAGAGAAUAUGAAGAAGAGUUUUUUCAGAAUUCAAAGCUCCUGAAGACAAGCAUGCUAAAGGCACACCAAGUGACUACAAGAAAUUUAAGCCUUGCAGUAUCAGACUGCUUUUGGAAAAUGGUACGAGAGUCCGUUGAACAACAGGCUGAUAGUUUCAAAGCAACACGUUUUAACCUUGAAACUGAAUGGAAGAAUAACUAUCCUCGCCUGCGGGAACUUGACCAGAAUGAACUAUUUGAAAAAGCUAAAAAUGAAAUCCUUGAUGAAGUUAUCAGUCUGAGCCAGGUUACACCAAAACAUUGGGAGGAAAUCCUUCAACAAUCUUUGUGGGAAAGAGUAUCAACUCAUGUGAUUGAAAACAUCUACCUUCCAGCUGCACAGACCAUGAAUUCAGGAACUUUUAAUACCACAGUGGAUAUCAAGCUUAAACAGUGGACUGAUAAACAACUUCCUAAUAAAGCAGUAGAGGUUGCUUGGGAGACCCUACAAGAAGAAUUUUCCCGCUUCAUGACAGAACCCAAAGGGAAAGAGCAUGAUGACAUAUUUGAUAAACUUAAAGAGGCCGUUAAGGAAGAAAGUAUUAAAUGACACAAGUGGAAUGACUUUGCGGAGGACAGCUUGAGGGUUAUUCAACACAAUGCUUUGGAAGAACGAUCCAUAUCUGAUAAACAGCAGUGGGAUGCAGCUAUUUAUUUUAUGGAAGAGGCUCUG